AUGGCAAGAGAUCAAGAAGGAAGAAUAACCACUGCUAAGACUGCUACUUUGCAGAAGAUAAUGAAAUUCAGAAUGGAACAGCAGCAGAUACAUGAUGAGCAUAUGAAGAAAAGGAGAGUGCAUAAUCAAGAGCUUGAGCCCAAGCCACCAGAUUCUGUUCAAUACCGAUCAAGAAAUCAUAAGAGGUUUAAAGAAGAAGAUGCAGGAAAAGGAAACUAUCUAGAGUGGGAAAGAACCAUGGACAAGUGGCUGAGUUACAACAGAAUCAUGAGGAGUGAAAGAUUAUCUUUUGCUAUUUCUCAACUCACCGGAAGAGCUUAUAAGUGGUGGUUGCAAGAAGAAGAUGAUCGCAUGUUCUACAAGGAACCAGCUAUCACCACUUGGGAAAGUCUGAAGUUGUUACUGAGGGAUAAGUAUGCAUCCAAAGGCCACACUUCUCUGAAAUCUACAAAGAAGAAAGUCAUAUCUACAACAGACUUUCGAAGUGAAAAUUCAGAAACCAAGAUGGCUGAUUAUGAGAAAGAAAUCAGCAGCCUUGUUAAGGAGCUUCUUAAGACCAUCAAGCCCUUAGACAAGCUGAAGAAGCUCCCAAAGAAUCAAGAACCAGUUACUACUGUCUCGGAACUCAAUGACGCAGAAUCAGACUCAGCUGCCCCAAUUCAAGAAGCUCAAACCGAAACAUCUUUG